CAGGCUGGCGAUUUUGUUGGAACAUACCUACCCCGCUCCAACCUGCCAGUCUCACAUUCACUGCCUACAUUCAUCAUUACUUCUAUCAAUCGAGAAGAUGAGUUCUCUGAGAGAUGAAGAGGCCGUUGACACAAACUAUCUCAUUCGAUUGUUCCUUGACGCGCCAGCCGAGGAAACACCUCACGUGGGUGCUAGUCUCAUUGCACGCCUGGCUGAAGGAACGAUUGCUGUGUUCCAGGACAUACAGAAAACUCCGAUUGACGAAGUUAAAGGGAACUUUGAGACGCGAUCAUACCUCGUCAGUCUUGGAAGGAGCUCUGACAGACUUCGACUCUGGUCAGACGGAUACGGAAUCUCCAGCGGAGGCUCCGAUGAUCUCUUUGAGCAAUCUAGUCGACUGCGCGGUGCAAGGCUUGAGGUUCUGUCUAGUGUAGAAUUGACCCUUACUGAGAGACUCGUAGCAUCAACUUGGGGGGCGGGCCCCCUAGGAAAAGCGCAACUUCCAGAGAGCUUCACGACUAAGGUAGAACAGCUACGACAACUGAUACAAGAGACCGAAGACAUAAAAGCAAAGAGUGAACCUUCGACUGGAUCAUCAAGUUAUUACGAUGACAAUAUAUUUCAAAUCACUGCAGAUCUUGAAACAGACACCAGAAGUUUGAUGGACCUCGAUGCCUUAUUUCCUGAGCCCAUUCUGGACACCGGACACAUGAGGCAAUCCCUUCCGUCAUCUUUGCACAAAUGGGAACCUCAUGAACAUUAUUACCACAUCAUCAACAACAGAUUUCCCAAAGCAGAUGAUGGUCUCAUUACCAGUCUCGGAAAAGCCAAUUCUGAGCGAUUCUUGAGAGGGCAAGAGCAAAGGGAAAGUAGUUCUCGCGAAGUGCUGGGACCCAUCCCGUUGCAUCAGAUCGAGAAUUCAGACGCUGCCAGUUCUAAGUUCAAUGAUUCAGGCCUUGGAUCAUCUAUUCCUUCAUCUUAUGCUGAGACAAUCAUAUCGUAUCACGGCGGUGAAGGGACCUCAAUACGCUUACCAUCCCUGCCCAAGUCGGCCAGCAAUGGUUCAAGCUUCUUGUGUAUAGCAUGCGGCCUGCCAACUCUCGCACAAACCAACUCGGCAUGGAAGCGGCACUUGUUCAACGACUUGAGGCCUUGGCAAUGCUUAGAGCCCUCGUGUGGGCACAAGGGCAUCUUCAGCACUCGUGGGGAUUGGGUCUCACAUCUCGCUCUCGACCAUUUUGGGCCUGAAUGGAAAGGAGCCGAGUGCCCACUAUGCCGAAAUGACACUGGUAGUGGCAAGAUCACUAUUCUCAAACACUUCGGGGGUCAUCUUGAGUAGAUUUCUCUUGCUGCUCUGCCUUCAAAUCCCGAUUCAGAGACAGAAAGCCAAAUUUCAGGUACCAGUCAACAAGACGAUACUGCUGACAGUGUAGGCGAUAAGAACAAUCCAACGACAGAAGAUCAGAAAAGUCUUGAGGUACAACAAGCUGUCGAUCUUGCUAAGAAACUAUUUCGCCAAAAACCUGAGGUCUACCAGAAAUGCAAAGAAGGCAUGCGAACAUUUUCAAAGUCUAAGUAUGGGACAACGUCUUCACUUUUAUUCCACGCUUGAUUUUUCAUUAACAUUAUUCGUAGCACUCCAUCGUGUUUCUACGACUGGGCGGUAAAAU